CCUUAUGCAACAUGGUUGUCCAGGGUAUGACUCCAGUGGUAUGAUCCCAAUCUCUGGCGAGCACAUUGCUGUUAUAGACGGUAUUACUCUUUGUAGAUCUUCAGGAAGGAUAUUACUGUUACCCAUUACCUUUUUUAUCUACUACCACUGAAGAUUACCUCUAUGUCUAUCCAAUGAAUACUCGCGAGAACGAUUUUGCUUAGCUGAACUCCAAGCGCUACGUUGGAGGGGUGAUAGGCAAGUCUGUAUCAACAGCAGGGGGAAUGAAGUCUAUCCGAUAAUCGAUUAUAAUGGCUCCGUUGUCAGACGUGGUUUUCAAUACUGGUUUGGUUGGUUAUCCCGACAGCUCGACUGAUCCUAGCUUUUGGUGGCUAGUCCAGAGCGCUGGUAUACGGGGGCCAGCUGGUGGAGCUAUAACUAUGGUUCUUUCUGAUGACCUGGACCAUCCCGGCCCACUGCGCAACUUCGAAGGCGGGAGAUGUCACGUCAAGGGACUGGUCAUCAGCGGCUCCGGCAUCGCUAGACAUACUCUAUCGGAACGUUUCAGACGAUUAGAUCGACCUAUGCGAGGACAAGCUGAGUGCUAGGUGGACCUCCCUAACAUAACUGAAGGAUUCGAGAUGCGGAGAGUCGCAGUGAAUACGGCAACGGCCCUCGUCAAUGGCAACUGGCACCGAUGGCUAGGGGACGUGUUGUCGUGGUCAGAACUAAGAGGGGAAGAGACGAUGAAAUAUGCUUCGAUAUUGGCAUAUGGCAACUCUAGCAGAAGCUCGAGUAGUAGUACCACUAGUGAUGGUGCAUGUUGGCACUGACGGCGUUGCUCUUAAUGCCGAUCGGCAACUAGUGCCGCUUUUC